AUGGGAGAAGAGGAUAACUGGAGAGAUGAAAAAAUCACUGGAGGAGCAAAAGAAAUGCAAAACAGGAUGAAGCCACAGUCUUGUGAUGAAGGUUUGGAGCGGGGUCGAAAGAAGCUCUGCGUUCUAACCAAACAACACCUGGUAAUGAUAUCUGUGUCUGUGAUACUCAUCAUCCUGCUGAUUAUCAUCACUGUCACAGCAGUGGUGCUCACUAAAAAGUCAGCUCUUUCCUCUGCCGCCUUUUCUGGUGGAGACAUGCUGGAGUACUUGGUGCAGUCGGGGAACAUCAGCGAACCGGACGGCCUGUUGGCCACCUGGUUUCACAGAGCCAACAGCAAGGAGGAUAUGAACAAAGCCCUCACAAGUGAUUCCAUGAUCUUGGAAGCUGAUGUCACUCUCAGGGGUUACGGAACGCCCGAUCAGCAGCCGGUCCCUAUCAUGGCACACCCUCCUGACAUAUACAGUGACAACACCCUUGAUGAGUGGUUGGAUGCUGUUCUAGCCUCUGGAAAAGGCAUCAAGUUGGACUUUAAGGCUGUGGAAUCAGUGGGUUUGUCACUGGACCUGCUUAAACAAAAGGAGAUUAUCACAGGAAUAAACAGACCUGUGUGGAUUAACGCAGACAUCCUCCGAGGUCCCAAUGUGCCAAGCUUUGUGCCUCCAAUCAAUGGAAGCAGAUUUCUGCAGUUAAUUCAGGAGAAGUUUCCUCAUGUGACUUUGUCUCCUGGAUGGCAGGUACUCUAUAUUCACCAAGUUACAAAUGGAACCUACUCCAGGGCCAUGGUGGAAGAAAUGUAUAACAUGAUCAAAGAUGUACCUCAAAGGGUGACAUUUCCAGUCCAUGCUAUGUUGGUUCGCAGCGGCUGGCAGCACUUGAGCUGGCUCCUCAACCAGUCGCCACGGUUCAGCCUGACUUUGUGGCAGGGUUCUGAUCACCCAAGUGUUAGCGACCUGCUGUUUGUCCGUGAUAACACCCACCCAUCACAAGUCUACUACGACAUAUAUGAACCCACACUGUCGGAAUUUAAAGCAGCUGCAGGUAAGAAGAGGCGAUUCUAUCCUGGUGGAGACCUGAUGGAGUUUCUUCAUCCAGCCCACAGCUCAGACACCAGCUUCAUCAAUGGAGCCACACAAAUGAACAGCCUGGGAGUGCGUUGGUUUCCAGUCACUGAUCAGGCCUCCCUGCUGGCUCAGCUUUCAGAUGGGGAUGGUGGGAUGCUGGUCAUUCAUGUGGCUUCUGACAGCAGUCAACCUGAAGUCCCUCUGGUAGAAGGUUCUGGAAGGAGCUCAGAGCUCCUCACACUGCAGGACAUUCUUCAGAUCCUUGGGCAGAUUGCUGAUACCCCCUGGGGUAUUUACCUGAGGGUCCAGAAUCAGCAGCUUCUGGAGGCCUCUCUUAGUCUACUGAGCUCUGCCUACAAGUCUGAGAAGCUCCACAGGCCUGUGUGGAUCAGCAUGGAGGGUUUACAGAGCAGUGACAGCACAAAGAUCUUCGUGUCCACAGUCGAGAGCCUGUUCCCAUACGUCACUCUGGUCCUGGCUGAGCAGAAUUGGCCUCCUCAGAUCCCAGCAGCAGUGACGGACGUGUCCCAGAGGGUGGCUCUACACCUCAACACAGCAUCGCUGCCCAAAGGGCAGGAGGAGCUUCACUCUUUAAUGGGAAUGAUGGACAGAUAUGACUUCAUAAUCGAGAUGGACACAAAGAAAAGUGCUGAAGUGCUCACAGUGUUGAAGGCACUCGUUCCACAGUGUACGGAGAGAGCAAAGAAAAACCUGUAUAUAUCUCACCUGUCCUGACUGAGCAUCAUCAGGAAGCCCUGUGAGGGGCUGGUCCAGGUUUGUCAGUCCUGCCUGAUGAGAAAUUCAUGCUGUUAUACUGAAGCCACCAGAUACCUGUGACCACAACAGUAAUUUUACCUGAUUGUCUUACUAAAAGACAUACAGUGAGGAUUCUAACAUGAACACUGCUUUGGGUUAUUGAAACUAAGGUUACAAUACUGAUAUAUAAUUGAUAUUAUAAUAUUAAUAAUAGUCAAUUAGCCUCUUAGCCCUUGUUAGCAAGUCAAACGUGUCUGUGAUUUGAUCUAGAGCAGCAGCUGGAGGGGACACAGACACUUAAACACUUUAUUAAUAAAUAUAACUGUAAAUA